GCGUAAAAACAGUCUGCCCAAUUAUUUUGCAUGUAGAAUUUUUUAAUUGAUGACUAGACAUAUUUGUUGUUGAUAUGUCUGCGAGAAGUUUCGCAUUAGAAGUACGACGCAGACGAUUGUUUUUCACUUGUGUUUACUUUUUAUUCUCGCCUGGAGCAGCCGGUUCAUUUAUCGCUUUCGUUUUCAGAACGUUCUACCCGUGACUCAGAAUGAAUUCGCGUUGCGAUUGCGACGGAUGUGCUUAUCGAAACGGGGUAAAUAGUGCUGCUCGUUACAGACGAAAGCACGGCACAGUUUGGACUUAUUCUUUCAGUGAUCAUUGACAAAUACUAACGGUCUUGCGGGGUUGUUCCCGCCAAGAGGAUUGUUUAGAAUUCCGUGAAAAUAGAAAAGCAAAAACAGCUGAUAGUGACAAGGUCAGGAAACAAAGUAGCUGAAGUUAAUAAAAUUCUGGUGCUGUGUAUUUCCUGGAUAAUCAAAAAACAAUGGAAGCAAUUCAACUGACGGAAGUGGAGAAAGAUAAUCCGCGGAAUGUUUGAUAAUAUCACCGAAACAAUCGAAAGUACACCAAUUCAUAUCAGGUAUAGUUUUGAUGUACAUACAUCAUCACGCUGACUCAUCAUGUUUGUAGAGACUGCAAAGUGAAAUAACAAGUCAGCUACCACGUGGAGAGGAGCUGCCAAAUCACUGUUCACGAAGAUGCUAAUCGAAGCUGGAACAAAACCGUGCGACGUCGGUAGUGGUGAUGAAUUGGAACUCAAGCUACCCCAGUGGUACGACGAUGCCAAGUUCAAAAGGGGCCAGAAAUAUUUUUUCGACAACCGUUUCGGUAUGAUGCAGUCUAACUUUUGCGGUUUGGUUACGUUGCUUUGUGAACCCAAAGGAUUGAUUAUAUUACACAACACCGGUAGAUCAAGCACACCGGAGACGGCGCGUAAACGGUAUCUAUCCACUCUUGUGCACAUGCUGUCAUGGUAUGAGAUGGAUUUAUCUCCAGGUUCCAAAUCCUGGAUAUCGUUGAACCGGGUCCGAAAAAUGCAUUUGUACGCUUCGAAAAAGUCAGAGCAGAAUGGAACUGGUUUUAUCUCACAGAUGGAAAUAGCCUUCACUACAUUCGGUUUCAUGGGAUAUGCACUGAUUCGCCCACAUUUACUUGGAAUUCGGUAUGAUAACGAUGAGGAUCGUGAUGCGUUGGUGCACUUCUGGGCUGUUAUUGGAGCCAUGCUAGGAGUUGAAGAUCAAUACAACAUUUGUCUUCCAAAAUUGGCAGUAGUGGAAAUGAUUUGCCAGAUGUGUAUUAGAUAUGUUUUUAUGCCAUUGUUACAGUUCGAAACACCUUUAUUUAAAACAAUGGUUACAGCCAUAGUUAAGGGAUUGAGUGACUUUGUACCAUUUAACUCAUAUGAGAGCAUGAUGUGGUUUGUGAGACGAGUCGCUGGCAUUCCAGGAUAUCAGUACAUGGUGGACAUGGAAAAGGAAACGAUUUGUCGUAAAAUCUACAACAAUGAUGAGCUGAACUCAAUGUAUCAGAGGUACCUAGGUGAGGACGGAUACCAAUUCUUAGGCUGCGCUAUCUUUGACGAACGAAUAAUGUUAUUCGACGUGGAGGAAAUGUCCGAAAUAUGUGAAGAUAAUCCGAAGACUUUAGAAAAAAGCACUGUCAGCGGCGUUUACAGCAAACUAUAUGAAGAUGAUAUGCUAAAGCACAAGAUUUCUUUAGAUGGUAACAUUUUGAAGCAGAACCACAACGAGCAAAUCAAAACAAAAAAACUGUAUGAUGAUGAUAUGGCAAAGCUGCAAGUUUUAAGUAAUAUUUUGAAGCUAAAAGGCAACGAACAAUUGACAAUGAAGAAAGUAGAGAACGAAAACGCCUGGAAAGAUUACCUAAAUGAUUCCAAAUUGAAGGUGUUAUCAAAUCGGGACUUGGGUUAUUUGAAACUCAUGUGUAGGUUGUCUGAAAAUUGUUACUCAAGAAUAGGGAACUUUAUCAAUGAAACUAUACUAAGUCUGAUGAUAUAUCGUAUGAAGAAGGCACAUGAAAAAUAUUAGGAAUUAAAAGUACAAAUAAUUUUGAUUACGGAUAUUUAGCCUUAAUUGUGAUGAAAUAACUUGUAAAAGCAACAUAAUUGUGAUGGAAAGCAAUAAUAAAAAAAUAAUAGAUUUUAA